UACGGCGUAGUCCGUCUCACUCGCAAAGUCGCACCUCCGCACGAAGCAUCUACAAAUGCUUGCAACCCCCGCGCGUUCGUUCCCCCCUCGAUGCCGCCGCAUCCAAGCCUAUAAGUACAACAAACCCCGCUCGGUUCGAGCUCGCGCGGCGUCAUCCAUGGCGGCGGCGGCGGAGACCAAAGGGGGCGUCAUCGGCGCCGGCGAGGUGGAGAAUGGUGGCGGCGGAGGUGGUGGAGGAGGAGGAGGAGGAGAGGUGAGCCUGAGGGAGUGGCAGGGAUGGGGCACCUCCUCCCCCGUCCCCGCCAUGGUGACCGAGGUGAUCAGGGAGCUUAGGGCUUUGGAGCUGGAGACCGAUUCGAGCAUGCGCUUCGGCGGCCUCGGCGGCAAGCUCCAGGGUGAAUUUAAGGUUCAGGAGGAUAAGAAACAUAGGAAAGUAUAUGAUAGUCUAACUGAUUCUGAGAGGAAGCUGCAAUUUUUCGCUGCUCGACAGAUAGCUUGUCGUUUGCUUGGAAGUAGGGGCUAUCUCUGCCAGAAGUGCUGGCUCCCAAAGGAAGAUUGCAUGUGCUCAAGAAUUGUUCCAUGCUCAUUGUGGGAUGGUAUAAGAUUUUGGUUAUACAUGCAUCCAAAGGACUUUUUACGCCAAAAUAACACUGGAAAGUUAUUGUGGCAAAUUUUUGGCACCCAAGCUGCAACUUUGUGUCUUUUUGGCAUUACUGAACAUGAAGAAAUUAUGUGGCAUGCAUUCAGCCAUGCAGGAAAAGGAAUGGUUUGGUUGCUCUACCCGAAUAAGAAUUUGUUUCCCAAGUCAGUUCAGGACAUUGUCAUUGAUGGAGUGUUUAGAAAGACUGGAGGUCAAGAUAUGGAUCUUGGAGACGAGCCUUUAAAUUUUGUUUUGAUUGAUGGUACCUGGAGUAACUCCGCUGCAAUGUAUAAAAGGUUGAAGGAGAGGUGGAAGUUGACGUGGGGAGAUGAAGACCUGCCUUGUAUUUCGUUGUCAACUCUUGGCGCCUCUGUGAUGCACAAGCUCCGACUUCCCCUCAAUUGCUACUUUGAUGCCGAUCUUCCAAUUAUACAUACCUCAGCCAUCAUGGGACCGCACUUGCACAGCUGCUGCUGCAGCUGGCCUUCUCUCGGAAUUACACCUCCGUCCUCAGCUCAGUACACUCAGAUUGGAUAAACAGGCUGAGGCUGUGGAACAGGCGCUCGAUUUUCUGCUUGACUCCCUCACUAGUCGACGACUCCGAAUGGGAAGAUCAAUUACUCGAAGAGAGAGACAUAAGAAUUGCGUAUAACUAAAGACUACCUCGUGGAAACAAAAGAGAGAUACAUGGAUUUUCCAGGAGAACUGGAAAUAGCUAGCUGGUUCUUUUGAUCAGUUUUUGAGUCUGAAGGUGCCGCCUCAACAAUAUAAUUCUGAUUGAGAUGAUAUUGUUUUUGUUCUUGUUUUCAUUCAAGUCGAUGGGAAUAUGGCCCAUACAUUAGGAGAUAAAGAUGAAAAAUCAACUGAUGUUUUAUACGGAUGCGGAAACUUCAACAUUGAAGUUGUCGCCGGCUGUGUAAUUGCUGAUUUCGGACUUACGAACUAAUUGCUCUCACAUAAUUUGAUGCUGAUUAUUUUUGAAAUUGAUGCCAAUGAAA